GCCAGCCAAUAGGAAGUCACCAUUUCAGCGACGUCAUCGAGGCGUAUAUGACAAAAUGGCCGCGGUGUACAUGUAAACAAACCCGUUCACCUUUAAAAGGAUGAACCUGCUUGUGAAGUCGCUGCAGUCGGCAAUAAAGCAGAGAGAGAGUAGCCGGAGACACUUCUGGGGCUGGCUCAAUGCUGUUUUCAAUAAGGUGGACUACGAGCGCAUCAAGGCCGUGGGCCCCGAUCGGGCGGCGUCCGAGUGGUUGCUGCGGUGCGGCGCCAAGGUGCGCUUCCUGGGUUUGGAUCGCUGGCACGGAGACUACAACGCGCUACCCACCGGACCUCUGGGGCGCUUCAAGAUCCAAGCCAUCGACGCCACCGAGUCCUGCAUCAUGUACCGAGGCUUCGACCAUCUCGAGGGCUUGGACCACGUGGAGGAGGUGAAGCUCAACAAGUGCGUGUACAUCGAGGACGCGUGCUUGGAGCGAUUCUGCUCGCUGGAGAACCUUCAGCGCAGCGUCUUCAUGAUGGAGGUGGUGUCGUGUGGGAACGUCACGGACAAGGGCCUCGUCGCUCUGCACAAACUCAGGAAUCUCGAGUACCUGUUCCUCAGUGACCUGCCGGGUGUCAAAGACAAACACAACACGGUGGAACGUUUAAAGACUGCACUCCCCCGCCUUGACAUCCACGUGGACCUUGACUAAACACCGCCACCACCAACAAAGCACUUUAUGCUGUUGACACAAACGUAUUUAUAGUCAACAUUGCUCUUGUUAACUAUCCGGCGCAGAGGGUUCUCUUUAUGCUCCCUCACAAAUAUCAAUGCCUGUAUGCCUCCAGGGCGCCAUUUUAGGUUCCACAGCUUGUCGUUGGGGGCAAUAGAUGGAUAUUUAGCUUCUCAGUGUAUCGGUUCGUCCGGUAGAAUAAAACAAUGAUCCCAGAGCAUGCACAAUAGUUUCAUUGAAUGGUUGGUUGUCAAAAUGUGGUCUGAUUGGCCAGGGACCAGUCCAGGGUGUGCCCCGCCUCUCGCCCCCUAAGUCAGCCACCAAUGAUCUUAAAAAAAAAAAAAAAAAGACUGGAUAGCGCAUACACAUCGAGCGGUGUCGAUUGGUUGAAGCCAGUCGGCCGCCAUCUUGGUACUCCCAAAACAUGUGGAGGACAGAUUGGAUUGUGGUGGGGUUUUUCCUCAAAGUUUGGCAUGUAGAAUUAAAACUGGUCCUGUGAGCUUGACAUUUUUUCAGUUGUGGUAGCAUGAAGGAUUUUUAAUUCGACUUGGUAAGCCAAAAAAGGAAAAACAUAGAAAACCGUGACUAGCAAGAAACCUUGCAUAUUACCUAUGGCACGAUUUCUGUGACAUGCUAACUUUUCCCAAAAUACGCUGUGAAGCACUAUCAUCAUAACAUAUAAAAAAAAAAACUAAGCAUUUUUUUGUCAUAAAAACAUUACAUUUUAAGUCAGUUAAGAUAUAUUUUUGGAAAUAUGAGAAAAUACAUGCUAAAGGCAUUGUUCAUUUGUUGUCUCUCCGACGUCCUGUUUCAGACAGAAGAUUUCAACUUGUUUCCUCGCAUUAGAAAAUCUAAUUCAAUUUGCAGAGUUCUGUUUUAUGUAAUUCAUCAAAAAGUUCACAGGACAUGUGUUUUCUUGCUUAUCCACCGAUGAAUUUCGGAAAAUAUUUGCAUCGUUUUUUCGCGCAAAAACCGUCGGCUAAUAAAGGUGAAGCAGAGAGUGAACAGUGAACAACAACAACUGGAAAAAAAAAACUUUGUGAAAAAUGAAUUAAGCUCAUCAGAAAAUAAAAAAAAAAAACCUU